AUGGGUGAAGGUGACACCGGCGCCCCACGAUCGGGUGGUCUUCAAUCGGGUGACGCUUGGACCAAGAAGGAGUCCGCACAGGAGAAUCUUUUCAUUAGGCAAAAGGAAAUCGAAAAGCUCCGCCUUCUUAAAGAGAAGUUGAAGCAACAGCGCCAACAUCUUGAUGAGCUUGAUGCCCACAUGUAUGUUAUCCCUAAUUUCUACAUCCAUGCAGUUGCUCUCAAUUGA